GUUCUCUCUCACCCAGGCAUGGCUCAAGUUGAACUGCCGCCAGAAAUAUGGAGACAGAUCAUGCGAUACUUGCCUAACUUCUCGAGGAGAACGUGCUUGUUUGUCUCUAUGCUUGUCCAUGAUCUUGCGGCGGAGAUCCUCUUCUCGACCGUGAACAUCCACUUUGGUGCUUGGGAACAUUCUCCGACGCCUCACGUAAGAGGCUAUGCAUUAGAAAGAGCGAGAGCCUCGGCUUCGUGGAAUAUAUUACAACGGAUCCGCAGCGACCCGCAGUUUGCGAAAUACGUCAAGAAAGUGAUUGUCUAUUCCUACGCCAGACAUCAUGCCGUCUUCGAACGAUGCUGUCUGGCCGAAACGUUGGGAUAUCUGAAAGAUCUACGGUCGUUCACCUGGCAUGGGUCAUCCCCGAAAGUAUCCACUGGUGUCUUGACUGCUCUGAAGGAGUCCUGCCCCCAGUUGGAGGAACUCACUAUUCCUAUUAAAGCGAUGUUCGAGAAUCGCGUUGAUCAAUUUGACAAUCUCCGCGUCAUGGCAUUCACGACGGAAGACGACGAUUAUGUUGGUGCCGACUUGAUAUUUAAUCAUUCUUCCGAUCGAGAACGUGCUCAAUAUCGUCUCAAUCUGGAGUCGUCUUCCGAUGCACUCCUGGCGUUGCGGACCCCAUACAUCGCGGCAUUGCACGACUCCAUGCAUCGGUUCUACCAGCUUACAGAACUCGACAUCUUGAACUUAAAGGACAUGGAUCUUUUCGCCUACAUCCUUCGCAAUUGCGAGCAGCUGGAGUCAUUCAGCAUCUUACUGAACGGUGCAGUUAAACAGGUUCAAUUAUCGGAUGUACUUGCUCAACAUACGAACUCCCUUCCUCGUUUACGUUUCUUCAAGCUGAUCACUUUAUCAUUAGAUCACACCAUUGACGCAGAUGUCGAGAUUUUGGCUGACUUCGUGCGUGCCAAGCAAGAAUUACGACGGUUGUUAUGCACUGUUUACUUCAGUUGGGACAAUAUACGGCCAUAUCUCGACGCGGUAUCAGCUUUGAAGCAUCUGCACACCUUUGCGCUCGAUGUACCCGGUGCUCUCGAUGCCGCGAGUGCAUCCUGCGUUCGCCACUAUAUUCCCCGGCAUAUCACCGCAUUAUGGCUAGUGUUUGAUUCCUGCGAGAGGCAGCUUCUACGGGAUAUAUGGACCCAUUUCGGAGACGUCCGAUUUGCGUAUGUUCGGUUAUGGGAAGAGUCCAACGGUUUCACUGUCGAAGAUCUGGUAGAAACGACUCCUCAGUCGCAGCUGGUAGUUCUCAACGGAUCCUUUCGUCACGUCGAACGCAGCGGUGACCCCGUCCAGAUCUCUCCGCCAUGGUCAGCGCGGAAGGUUUUCUUUCGGUCAGUGGAUGACUUUGGGUGUGAGGACUGGGAAUGGCUUGCCAGACACCACGAGAUUGUGGUCGAGUAAAGCGCAGUCAACGUUCUAGCAUACCGUCGUUCGCUUUGCACGGGGAGGAGACUCUCGUAACCCUAUGUUAUUUACAUCCGGAGUUGCCGGGCACGAACAAAAUUAUGAGAACAGCUUGCACAGAUGUAAAGCUGCCUGUACUUGAUCGCAUAACGUCGAUUAAUGCCAUGGCUGCACAGAGAUGUCAAGCUCAUGGAAC